AUGUCGGCUCCUGUCGGGCCGCGGGGCCGCCCGGCUCCCACCCCGGGGGCCUCUCAGCCGCCUCUGCAGCCCGAAAUGCCCGACCUCAGCCACCUCACGGAGGAGGAGAGGAAAAUCAUCCUGGCCGUCAUGGAUCGGCAGAAGAAAGAAGAGGAGAAGGAGCAGUCGGUGCUCAAGGUCAAAGAAGAACACAAACCACAGACGACACAGUGGUUUCCCUUUAGUGGGAUCACUGAACUGGUAAAUAACGUUCUUCAGCCCCAGCAAAAACAACAAAAUGAAAAGGAGCCCCAGACAAAACUUCAUCAGCAGUUUGAAAUGUAUAAGGAGCAGGUAAAGAAGAUGGGUGAAGAAUCACAGCAGCAGCAAGAACAGAAGGGUGAUGCUCCAACCUGUGGCAUCUGCCACAAAACCAAGUUCGCUGACGGAUGUGGCCAUAACUGUUCAUAUUGCCAAACCAAGUUUUGUGCCCGUUGUGGAGGUCGAGUGUCAUUACGCUCAAACAAGGUUAUGUGGGUAUGUAAUUUGUGCCGAAAACAACAAGAAAUCCUCACUAAAUCGGGAGCAUGGUUUUAUAAUAGUGGAUCUAAUACACCACAGCAACCUGACCCAAAGGUUCUCAGAGGACUGCGGAAUGAGGAGGCGCCUCAGGAGAAGAAAGCAAAACUGCUCGAGCAGGCCCAGUUCCAAGGCCCCUCAGGUGACUUAUCUGUACCUGCAGUGGAGAAAAGUCGAUCUCAUGGGCUCACAAGACAGGAUUCUAUUAAAAAUGGGUCAGGAGUGAAGCGCCAAAUUGCCAGUGACGUAGCUUCAGACAGGAAAAGAAGUCCAUCAGUGUCCAGAGAUCAGAAUAGAAGAUACGACCAAAGGGAAGAAAGAGAAGAAUAUUCACAGUAUGCUACUUCGGACAGCGCAAUGCCUAGAUCUCCAUCAGAUUAUGCUGAUAGGAGGUCUCAACGUGAACCUCAGUUUUAUGAAGAGUCUGAUCAUAUAAAUUAUAGGGACUCCAACAGGAGAAGUAAUAGACAUUCCAAAGAAUAUAUUGUAGAUGAUGAGGAUGUGGAGAGCAGAGAUGAAUAUGAAAGACAGAGGAGAGAGGAGGAAUACCAGGCACGCUAUCGAAGUGAUCCGAACUUGGCCCGUUAUCCAGUCAAGCCACAGCCCUAUGAAGAACAAAUGCGUAUCCAUGCUGAAGUGUCACGAGCCAGGCAUGAGAGAAGGCACAGUGAUGUUUCUUUGGCAAAUGCUGAACUGGAAGACUCCAGGAUUUCUAUGCUAAGGAUGGAACGACCAUCAAGGCAAAGAUCUAUAUCUGAACGUAGAGCUGCCAUGGAAAAUCAGCGAUCUUAUUCAAUGGAAAGAACUCGAGAGGCUCAGGGACCAAGUUCUUAUCCGCAAAGGACCACAAACCAUAGUCCUCCUACCCCCCGGAGGAGUCCAAUACCCAUUGAUAGACCAGACGUGAGACGUACUGACUCACUAAGGAAACAACACCACUUAGAUCCUAGUUCUGCUGUAAGGAAAACGAAACGGGAGAAAAUGGAAACAAUGUUAAGGAAUGAUUCUCUCAGUUCUGACCAGUCAGAGUCUGUGAGACCUCCACCACCAAAGCCUCAUAAAUCAAAGAAAGGAGGUAAAAUGCGCCAGGUUUCAUUGAGCAGUUCAGAGGAGGAAUUAGCUUCUACACCUGAAUAUACGAGUUGCGAUGAUGUUGAGAUUGAAAGUGAGAGUGUAAGUGAAAAAGGGGACAGUCAAAAGGGAAAAAGAAAAACUAGUGAGCAGGCAGUUUUGUCGGACUCUAACACCAGGUCUGGGAGACAAGAGAAAAUGAUGUGCUUUGGCGGCCACUCUUUGGAAGAGGACUUGGAAUGGUCUGAGCCUCAGAUUAAGGACUCUGGGGUAGACACGUGUAGUAGCACAACCCUUAAUGAGGAGCAUAGCCGUAGUGAUGAGCACCCUGUGACGUGGCAGCCAUCUAAAGAUGGAGAUCGUUUAAUUGGUCGCAUUUUAUUAAAUAAGCGUUUAAAAGAUGGAAGUGUACCUCGAGAUUCAGGAGCAAUGCUUGGCUUGAAGGUUGUAGGAGGAAAGAUGACUGAAUCAGGUCGGCUCUGUGCUUUUAUAACCAAAGUUAAAAAAGGAAGUUUAGCUGAUACUGUAGGACAUCUUAGACCAGGUGAUGAAGUACUAGAAUGGAAUGGAAGACUAUUGCAAGGAGCCACAUUUGAAGAAGUGUAUAACAUCAUCCUGGAAUCCAAACCUGAACCACAGGUGGAGCUUGUUGUUUCAAGGCCUAUUGGAGAUAUACCUAGAAUACCUGAUAGCACACACACACAACUGGAGUCCAGUUCUAGCUCAUUCGAAUCUCAAAAAAUGGAUCGUCCUUCUAUUUCUGUUACAUCUCCCAUGAGUCCUGGCAUGUUGAGGGAUGUUCCACAGUUCUUAUCUGGACAACUUUCAAGCCAAAGCCUUAGUAGAAGAACAACGCCUUUUGUUCCUAGGGUUCAGAUAAAACUGUGGUUUGACAAGGUUGGUCACCAAUUAAUAGUUACAAUUUUGGGAGCAAAGGACCUCCCUUCCAGGGAAGAUGGGAGGCCAAGGAAUCCUUAUGUUAAAAUUUACUUUCUUCCAGACAGAAGUGACAAAAACAAGAGAAGAACUAAAACAGUGAAGAAAACUUUGGAACCCAAAUGGAACCAAACAUUUAUUUAUUCUCCAGUCCACCGAAGAGAAUUUCGGGAACGAAUGCUGGAGAUUACCCUUUGGGAUCAAGCUCGAGUUCGAGAGGAAGAAAGUGAAUUCUUAGGAGAGAUUUUAAUUGAAUUAGAAACAGCAUUAUUAGAUGAUGAGCCACAUUGGUACAAACUUCAGACUCAUGAUGUUUCCUCAUUGCCACUUCCCCAUCCUUCGCCGUAUAUGCCACGACGACAACUCCAUGGAGAGAGCCCAACACGGAGGUUGCAAAGAUCAAAGAGAAUAAGUGAUAGUGAGGUCUCUGAUUAUGACUGUGAUGAUGGAAUUGGUGUAGUAUCAGAUUAUCGACACAAUGGUCGAGAUCUUCAAAGCUCAACAUUGUCAGUGCCAGAACAAGUAAUGUCAUCAAGCCACUGUUCACCAUCAGGGUCUCCGCACCGAGUAGAUGUUAUAGGGAGGACUAGGUCUUGGUCACCCAGUGUCCCGCCUCCACAGAGUCGAAAUGUGGAACAGGGACUUCGAGGGACACGCUCUGCUACAGGACAUUAUAAUACAAUUAGCCGAAUGGAUAGACAUCGUGUCGUGGAUGACCAUUAUUCUCCAGAUAGAGACAGUCAUUUUCUUACUCUACCUCGCUCCAGAUACAGUCAGAGCAUUGAACAUCAUCACAGGGAUGGCAGGGAUUGUGAAGCAGCAGAUAGACAGCCAUAUCACAGAUCCAGAUCAACAGAACAGCGGCCUCUGCUAGAGCGGACCACCACCCGCUCCAGAUCCACUGAACGUCCUGAUACAAACCUCAUGAGGUCGAUGCCUUCAUUAAUGACUGGAAGAUCUGCCCCUCCUUCACCUGCCUUAUCGAGGUCUCACCCUCGUACUGGGUCUGUCCAGACAAGCCCAUCAAGUACUCCAGUGGCAGGACGAAGGGGCCGGCAACUCCCACAGCUUCCACCAAAGGGAACAUUGGAGAGAAAAGAAGUGGACGCCACAAGGAGAAGACAUGCAGGUGCUAUGGAUAUAGAGGAGAGAAAUCGCCAAAUGAAAAUUAACAAAUACAAACAGGUAGCCGGAUCAGAUCCCAGACUGGAACAAGAUUACCAUGCAAAGUAUCGAUCAGGAUGGGAUCCUCAUAGAGGGGCAGAUAAUAUUUCCACUAAAUCUUCGGACAGUGACGUAAGUGAUAUAUCUGCGGUUUCCAGGACUAGUAGUGCUUCUCGUUUCAGCAGCACAAGCUACAUGUCUGUCCAAUCAGAACGGCCAAGAGGAAACAAGAAAAUCAGUGUCUUUACAUCCAAAAUGCAAAGCAGACAAAUGGGCAUCUCAGGGAAGAACAUGACCAAAAGCACCAGCAUCAGCGGAGACAUGUGCUCGCUGGAGAAGAAUGAUGGCAGCCAGUCGGACACCGCAGUGGGUGCCUUGGGCACCAGCAGCAAAAAGCGACGCUCUAGCAUUGGGGCCAAAAUGGUAGCUAUCGUUGGUCUUUCCCGGAAGAGCCGCAGUGCUUCUCAGCUCGGCCAAACAGAAACUGGAGGUAAAAAGCUACGGAGCACUGUCCAGAGAAGUACAGAAACAGGCUUGGCCGUGGAAAUGAGGAACUGGAUGACUCGACAAGCAAGCCGAGAAUCUACCGACGGCAGCAUGAACAGCUACAGCUCAGAAGGAAAUCUGAUCUUCCCUGGUGUCCGCUUGGCCUCGGAUAGCCAAUUCAGUGAUUUUCUGGAUGGCCUUGGCCCUGCCCAGCUAGUGGGGCGCCAAACUCUGGCCACACCCGCAAUGGGUGACAUUCAGGUAGGAAUGAUGGACAAAAAGGGACAGCUGGAGGUGGAAAUAAUCCGGGCCCGUGGCCUUGUUGUAAAACCAGGUUCCAAGACACUGCCAGCACCGUAUGUAAAGGUGUAUCUAUUAGAUAAUGGAGUCUGCAUAGCCAAAAAGAAAACAAAAGUGGCAAGAAAAACGCUGGAACCCCUUUACCAGCAACUAUUAUCUUUUGAAGAAAGUCCCCAAGGAAAGGUUUUACAGAUCAUUGUCUGGGGAGACUAUGGCCGCAUGGAUCACAAAUCCUUUAUGGGAGUGGCCCAGAUACUUUUAGAUGAACUGGAGCUAUCCAACAUGGUGAUUGGCUGGUUCAAACUCUUCCCCCCUUCCUCCCUAGUAGAUCCAACCUUGGCUCCUCUGACAAGAAGAGCUUCCCAAUCAUCUCUGGAAAGUUCAACUGGACCUUCUUACUCUCGUUCAUAG